UAUACAUUUGACAUCUAAAAUGGGCCUUCCGAGCGCCACCUCAAUCCCACAUCACAUGGGGCGCUCGUUCCUCGAUGGCUCGUACAUUUUGUAGCUAGAGAAGCGGAAAGAGAUGGUUGUUCCACUCCAGCAGCACAAGCCUCUAUGUGACUAGAUGCGGAUUGCAACCGGACGCCAGGGACAAGAGACUGAUUCAACAAAGGAUUUUCAAAAGGCCUUAAAACAAGAUCUGUAUUUUCGACUUAGACACAUUUGGGUCAAACCUGCCUCUGAAUAGACUGAAAGCAGUUUGCUAGUGAUAUAACCUUAGCCACAUCGCUUGCUAACUUGAUGACUGUUCACAAAGCUAGCUAGCCAGCCAAAUGGAUGCUACGAAUGACUAACUUAGCAUCCGCGAGCUAGUUCUUGGACGAUUUCCUGUGUGAUUGUUCAGUUUUCCAUUUAUACAGAACUGAGCUCUGAAAUCUGAGAUCGUGACAUUUCUUGCGGUUGGCUGAAAAUAUCAAGGUUAUCCCACCAAUUUGGCCAACCUGAGCCAUUUUUAUACGUGUUGUUAACGACAAACGUUAGCUAAGAAUUAAUCGUAGCCAAAGCAAAAGGCGCAGAUAUUUGUCCAUUGUGGAGGCACUGUUGGGCAUAUCUUUUAUUAGUUUCAAGGAAGAAUAACGCUAACGUAUACGAACUAUAAUAGCUGCAAACCGGACUUGCAGAUAAAGGACUUUUUGGAUCACCUCGCUAAAUCUGCCCGUCGUUAAAGAUAAAGAAAAGGACUGCAUCCUCAGGCUAAUUUGAUUUACUUUGCAAAGGAGUAGCCAUACCGCUAGAAACUGACAUGAUGUUUCCACAAUCCAGACACUCGCAGGCCUCUUCUCAGUCCUCUCAGCCUCUCAAGUUCACCACCUCGGACUCCUGUGACCGCAUCAAGGACGAGUUCCAGUUUCUGCAGGCACAGUACCACAGUCUGAAGCUGGAGUGCGAUAAGCUGGCCAGUGAGAAGUCGGAAAUGCAGCGACACUACAUCAUGUACUAUGAGAUGUCCUACGGGCUCAACAUUGAGAUGCACAAACAGGCUGAGAUAGUCAAGAGGCUAAAUGGCAUCUGUGCUCAGGUGCUGCCCUACCUGUCACAAGAGCAUCAGCAGCAGGUGCUGGGGGCCAUUGAGAGGGCCAAGCAGGUCACCCCGCCUGAGAUGAACUCCAUCAUCCGGGUAGGCAGCCAGCAGAGUCAGCAGCUCCAGGCCCACCAGCUCUCCCAGCUGCAGGGUCUGGCUCUGCCCAUGACCCCGCUGCCCCUGGGCCUGACCCCGCCCAGCCUGCCCAGCGUGUCCACCAGCGGCGGCCUCUUCUCGCUCUCCAGCAUCCUGGCCUCGCAGGCCCACCUGGCCAAGGACGAGAAGGCGGCCCGCGAAGCCCCCGACAACCACCGCGAUGAGGACGGCGACAAGUCCGACUAGACGCUUCUGCACG